UUAUUGAGACUGUUAUAUUUCUCACAAUCAAGCUUAUUUAUAUUGGUUUUCUUCCUCAAAGUCACUCUGCUAGUGGUAUACCUAGUAGUGUCAUUACUAUUAAAGAAGUUUUUGAUGUUAGCCAGUUGAAGUUGUCACCAGCAGUGGCAA